CGGAGGAAAUGAGAGAAGGAAAGAAUGAGACAGGGGAGGAGGGAGGAGAAGCACACAGCUCACAAGACGGAUGCAGCCAGUGAGAGGCGCCCAGCUGCAUAGAACAGAGAAAGCAUUGGAUGAGGAAUUGUUCUACACAAACCACCAACCAGAGAAGGUGCAUCACCUAGUCUCCCAUAUAAUCCAAUAGAGAGUGGGGGGGAAGCAUGCACACAGCUGCAAAGUGAUCCUGGGUCUUAGUGCUGGACAGCAUGCUCUACAUGGAGCUGGACCUACUGUAGACUGCAGAGUGGGGUGCUGAGGACAGCAGCCACACAAACUCCUUCUUCCCUCUGUCUGGGAGACUCACACCACUGCUGUGUCUGACUUACCUUAUAGUGGAAUGGUAGACUACACUCAGGAGCUGGGAGAGACAGACAGGAGUCCUAUGGCAGGCCAGGAUAAUAUUUGCUGAAAUGUACAGAAUCUGCCUGUUUGAUUCCUCAUUUCAGAAGGCUUCUGCUUAAAGGCACCUACAGUAAGGGAUUGGAUAUAAAACAAUUUCUCAAAAGUGGAUAUACAAUUGGCAGCAGGCGUCCGAUUGCUCCUGAGAAAUUUGAGAGGGCUGCGCUUUAAUGAAGGAACGUCAAAACUGCUAACAGUCACACAAACAGGGACCCCAGACCCUAGUGACCGAGUAUGGCGUUGCCGUGGAAACUGCUUCUGCUUCUGUCAGUCAUCGUGGGGUAUCUAGCAGACUUUGCCAGCGCUAUUCCUGGACAGCAGACCUCAUAUGCUGCAAUAUUAAGGCGAAAAUCAGGGAGCUCAUAUAUGUCAUUAUUUAACUCCAAGAACAGACCGAGAUUUAGUGGUUCCUCAUUUGAAACUAUUGGUCAAUCGUCGCAAACCGGGAGAGAAAGAGCAAACCAUUACAGUCCUCCAACACAUCUCUACCACCUUUCAGAUGGAUUUCGGCAAGACGACCAGAGUGUGGAUUAUGGGCCAGUGUUUGUCCAAGAGCCAGAAAAUGUUAUAUUCCCUGCGGAUUCUGGAGAGAAGAAAGUGGCUCUAAAUUGUGAGGCGAGAGGUGCGCCUGCUCCGCUCUAUAGAUGGCUUCGCAAUGGAACAGAAAUAGACUUGGAAAGUGAUUAUCGCUACACUUUAAUAGAUGGGAAUUUAAUUAUCAGCAGUCCAAGUGAGAUGAAGGAUUCUGGUCAAUACCAGUGCACAGCAGUCAACAACUUUGGCAGAAUCCUUAGUAGAGAGGCAACACUUCAAUUUGCAUAUCUUGGUAAUUUCAGCGGUCGUGUACGAAGUGCGGUCUCGGUGAGAGAAGGACAAGGAGUGGUGCUAAUGUGUUCUCCCCCGCAGCACUCACAAGAAAUAACCUACAGCUGGGUUUUAAAUGAGUACCCCUCUUUUGUGGCUGAGGACAGCCGGCGCUUCAUCUCCCAAGAGACAGGAAACCUGUAUAUCUCUAAGGCACAAGCAUCGGAUGUGGGCAGCUAUAUCUGUCAUGUGAAAAAUGUUCUGACUAACACAAGGGUUAUGAGUCCCCCGACACCGCUAACACUGCGCAAUGACGGUGUGAUGGGGGAAUAUGAACCGAAAAUUGAGGUCCACUUUCCGUACACUUUUACUGCAGCUAAGGGAACAACUGUUAGAAUGGAGUGUUUCGCACUUGGCAACCCUGUCCCUACUAUUUCAUGGAGAAAAGUCAGUGGCUUUAUUCCGAGUAAAGCGCGGCUGAGAAAAUCACAGGCGGUUCUCGAGAUUCCCAACGUACAGCUGGAAGAUGCGGGGACAUAUGAAUGUAAAGCUGAAAAUUCCAGGGGCAAAAAUGCCUUCCGAGGACAGCUGCAAGUAUAUACUCAACCACAAUGGAUUGAGAAGAUUAAUGACACACAGUUAGAUAGCGGAGACCAGCUGCAUUGGGAGUGUAAAGCAACUGGAAAGCCCAGGCCGAUUUAUCGCUGGCUGAUGAAUGGUCAGCCCUUACUACCCCAGAACAGAGUUGAAAUGGUCAAUGGAAUGUUGACAAUUCACAACGUGAAUCAAUCGGACGCAGGAAUGUACCAAUGUCUUGCUGAAAAUAUCUAUGGAAUCAUUUAUGGAAGUGCGGAGCUUAAGGUGCUAGCAUCAGCUCCCUCGUUUGAGUUCAACCAACGGCAGAAAACAAUAAUCAUCACCAAGGGCAAGGAAGUCAUUAUGGAAUGUAAACCACAAGCAUCUCCAAAACCAACAAUCUCCUGGAUGAAAGGUGACAGAGCUGUAAGGCAGAACAAGAGGGUAGCUCUUAUUCCAGAUGGAAGUUUACGGAUCUUAAACGCUACUAAAUCAGAUGAAGGAAAAUAUACAUGCCGUGGGGAAAACUUGUUUGGUUCUGCAGAAAUUACAACAGUUCUGUCUGUUACAGAACCUACAAAGAUAGAACUGACGCCGAAGAGAACAGAACUGACUGUUGGAGAAAGCGUCGUGCUCAGCUGCAAAGCCGUCCACGAUCCCCUGCUUGAUGUCAGCUUCUUCUGGACAUUAAAUGAACAACCAGUCGAUUUUGAAAAAGAAGAUGGACAUUUUGAAAGCAUCAGAUCUCAAGCAUCCUCGGCAGACUUAAUGAUUAGAAACAUUCUUCUGAUGCAUGCUGGGAGAUAUGGCUGCAGGGUACAGACCACGGCUGACAGUGUGGCGGAUGAGGCAGAGCUGCUUGUUAGGGGUCCACCUGGCCCCCCCGGGGUGGUAAUCGUGGAGGAAAUUACAGAGAGCACAGCCACUCUGUCCUGGAGUCCCGGAGCUGACAAUCACAGCCCCAUCAUCUAUUACAAUUUACAAGCCCGCAGUCCUUUUUCAUUAGGCUGGCAGACUGUGAAAACAGUUCCUGACACUAUUAGCGGAGAUAUGGAGUCAGCCAUGGUCGUCGACCUAAAUCCUUGGGUGGAAUAUGAAUUCCGAGUUGUAGCCACUAAUAGCAUUGGAACUGGAGACCCCAGCAUACCAUCCCGAGUCAUCAGGACUAGUGAAGCAGUGCCCAAAACUCCUCCAGCUAAUGUCAGCGGUGGAAGUGGAAGACGCCAUGAGUUGGUGAUAACCUGGGAGCCUGUCUCAGAAGAGUUUCAGAACGGUGAAGGAUUUGGAUACAUCGUGGCCUUUAGACCCAAUGACACAAGGGGUUGGAAAGAGAAAAUGGUGACUUCUUCUGAUGCCUCCAAAUUUAUCUACAGAGAUGAAAGUACCCCGCCACUCACUCCGUUUGAAGUUAAAGUCGGAGUGUACAAUAAUAAAGGCGAUGGACCCUUCAGUGACAUAGUGUUUAUCUGCUCUGCCGAGGGAGAACCCAGCAGUCCGCCCACAGACGUCAAAGCAACAGGUUUGUCAGCAUCAGAAAUCCUUGUCACAUGGAAGUCUUCCAAGGAUAACGUGGGGAGACCCCUGGGAUUUGAGGUUAGUUACUGGAAAGAUAUGGAGCAAGAAGAGGCUGCGGAAAAAGUGAAAACCGCUGGAAAUGAAUCCUCCAUCAUUCUGACAGCGUUAGAAGGAAACACGUUAUAUCACAUAACAACAAGAGCGUUUAACAAAGCCGGAUACGGUCCCCCUAGCCCGGAAAUACGUGGGAGCACCAAGAAAUCGCCUCCCAGUCAAGCUCCAAGCAUUGUCAAGUGGAUACAGAACGGUUCCCAUGUGUCCUUGGGCUGGGAAGCGGUCCGAUCAUUAGCAAACGAGUCAGAUGUCAUGGGAUACAAGGUCAUGUUGAGACAAGAAGGUCACAGCAACAACCAAGUCAUUCAGACACAGACAACAUCAGCUGCAGUCCUGCUUCCUGAUUCCGGUGUUUAUAUCAUAGAAGUCCGAGCGGUCAGUGAAGGUGGAGAUGGAACAGCCAGUUCCCAAAUCAGAGUUCCCUUUCAUUCAGUGAAGGUAACAAGCGCGCAAGCAACAUUACAUAACAUUUCCGCAUCGUCCUCUUCCUUAACAUUACUGCUGGCCUUGGUCGUUCCAACAACAUCGUGGUGAAGAUGGAUUUUUCGUUUCUGAUUUUUAAUUUUAUUUUUUUUAGUUCGUCUUAAUGACAUUGAUUAAAGUUACUGACUAAAUGAAGAUAUUGGAACCCUGGACCUAGUCUUCAUGGAAAACACCCAAAGACUACAUAAAAAAAACUGGAGAAAUCGUUUGGCGUUUUUUUUUUUUUGGUUUUCAUUUUUUUUUUAAAUAAACAAAAAUAUAUAUAAAUAUAUAAAUAGACUGGUUUGCAAAUAGCCUUUAUCAGCUUCUGUAAAGAAAACAGUACAGUAGUUUUUUGGUCAAAUGCUCUGGGUUGCAUUUUUUUCUUUUGCUUUCUAAUCACUUAGCAACCAAUUAUUGGACUGUAUAACUUUUUAUGUUGUUGAAGCAGUGGUGUGCACUACAUUUGUGGUAUUGAAUGAUAUGGUAUGAACUACGAGUAUAGAUCUGGUGAUAUAUUUAUACAUCAUCUUUUUUUUUAUCCUGAUUUAAUAAGUUAUUACGAGAAGUACAAAUAAAUGAUAGCCCACUUGAAUAAA